UUCUUAUUAAAGUUCCGUCCGUCACAGACGCGCCGUCACUGAGCUGCUGCAGGUGUGGGCGACGCUCUGUCGCCUCGUGCCCUCUUGGACGCGUAUGUCGGAUUAGGCGCCCUCCGUCCCGGACCAUGUUUGCGGCGUGACGCGCUGUGAAAGUUCCGUCUCAAGACAAGGGUGUGCCAUUGAGACGCACCUGCGCUGACGUCACCCUCAGACCUGGCCAAGCGAGGAGUUGGCGUGUGCGCAGGAGCUGACGCGGCCAUGGUGAACAGCCAGGCGGCGGGCCUCCCCCGCUCCUGCGCAGGAUGUGGCGGGAAGAUCGCCGACCGCUUCCUGCUCUUCUCCAUGGAGCGCUACUGGCACACGGGCUGCCUCAAGUGCACGUGCUGCCAGGCCCCGCUGGGCGACCUGGGCACCACCUGCUACAGCAAGGGCGGCAUGAUCCUGUGCCGGGGCGACUACAUCAGGUUGUUCGGCCACAGCGGUGCGUGCAGCGCCUGCAGCGAGUCCAUCCCGGCCAGCGAGCUGGUGAUGAGGGCGCAGGGCCACGUCUAUCACCUCAAGUGUUUCAGCUGUGCCACCUGCCGGAACAGACUCAUGCCCGGUGAUCGCUUCCACCUCAUCAACGGGACCAUCUUCUGUGAGAACGACAGGCCGGGCGCUGCCUUGCUCAACAGCCACCUGCCGCCGCUGCAGGGCAGCUCUCUGCUGACAGACCAAAAGGUCUGCUGAGACGGAGAUGUCGCGGAUCCUCCUGCAAUUUCUCGCCUCACGUUCCUUCCCGCGGAGUCCUCGCACUCUUCUGUCUUAUAUUUACGCUCGACGGCGCCUCACUUCUGGGAUCGACUCAUCAGGACUGACGGACAAUCUGAGCAAAGACUCUGGACGUCUGCGGACGGGACCUUCAGUGAGCAACACCUGUGUUUCCUUCACGAACUUCUGAACUCCUGAACACACGCCACACACUUCGGUGGGGCACCGGACCCGUGUCUGUUCCUGGGUGUCAAAGGUUUAAUAAAAACAAAAAUGUC